CGUGAGUUAAUGACUAUCUGUAUACUCCGUAUAUGUUAAUGACUCUCUUAUCAAUGGAAUUAGGGUGCCCCCAUUCUUGAAUGAGCCAAAAAAGGAAAAAAAAGUAAACCUUACACCUUAGCUUUAGCUAUGGCGACUGGUAUCUCGACUCGAUCACGGCUCACCACGGCCAUUAGCGCGGUCUUCACUCCUUCACACUCCUCUCUUGUUCCGUCUCCUAGUUCGCUCUUCCUCCCCCACCGUCCCCUUGUGGCAAUCUCUGCCCGCGUCCGCCGUCAUUACCCUGCUGUGUCCGGUUCGGUGGCUGGGCUCGAGACUCGACAGAUCUCGUCGUUCAUUAAGAAUCCGAGAGACAAGAUAAUUGAUUGCUAUGUUAAAACCCUAGCCCAGGUGGUUGGAAGAUAUAUUAACCUUGUGACUUUAUCAGUUAACGGCGCUCCAUUCCACUGUCUCUCUCUCUCUUUCUCUCUCUCUCUCUACGCUACGGAUGUCGACGAUGGCUCACGGGUAAACAAAGAAACGAAUCCACUCACCAUCGCGACGCAGGCCUCUCUCUAUCUCGACGAAGACGACGGCUCACUGUCAGAGUCUCUUCACCUUCAAUUGAAGGUCGGUCAGCUCUAAAAACUGGUAUACUUAAUUGGUGGCAAGAAUAUGAGUAUUGAGGUUACCUCUGAAGCACACUCAUUAAGCUCAAGACCUAUUUGUCAUUUGUCAUUGUGGGCAUGCUGCAACACUACGAGUCUCACGGCAAGCAAAUUCAUUUGGAGACAAAUUCUAUGGGUGCCCAAAAUUGCGAACAUUGCCCACGGGGGGUAUGUGUCUGAUUGUUCGUUCUUUGAAUGGCUACAUAAGAAAUGUGAACCUACUACCACUGUGAGUAGCAAGGAGACAGUCACUCCGACUACCCGGGAGAGUACAAGUGACUUUCAAGGACUUCUUGUGCACUUACAAAGAGAAGUAAUAGAUGCCACCGUCCGUGAACGAGAGGUACAUGCAAAGAACGUGGUAUUGGAGUCAAGAAUACAAAAAUAUGAGAAACAAGAAGUUUUCUUGCAUAUUUGUAUUCUGUUUUUGGUGGGGUUGUUGUUGUACCAAAAUCUUGUUCAUUGAAACAAAUGCAGUUAGAUGUAUCAGUACCAGUACCACCACCACCAUCUGUAUGGAAUUAUGAAACUGGUGUUUUUUCCUUGUAACCAAUGAAUGUUUCUAUCUAUA